AUGAAUUCCAUGUUCAGUUCGUUCGAUGCUUUCUUCUACGCUGAGUUUUUGGGCCAAACGGUGAAGGCCUCCUUCCCUGCACAGCAGCAGCAGAAGAGUACUGGGACUGUGCUGAACAACAAGGCAUCAGUUGCAGAUAAUUUGAAUGGUGCAAAGCAAGAGGGCAACAGGGAGGCCUCCAUCUCCAUGCCUCAACAAGCUCAGCCUGUGAAGAAGAAGCAGAGCCAGAAGGCACCCCCACGGUUCGCGCCGGAGUUGGAUGGGCUUAACUGCUUUGAGACCAUCGUCUAUCAUUAA